AUGGCAGCAGGCUUGAGGUUUGACGGGCGAGUGGUGCUGGUGACCGGCGCUGGAGGAGGCUUGGGGAGAGCAUAUGCUCUGGCUUUUGCUGAAAGAGGCGCUUCAGUAGUUGUGAAUGAUCUGGGAGGUGAUUUCAAGGGGUUUGGCAAGAGCUCCUCAGCUGCUGACAAAGUUGUCAACGAAAUCAGAGCAAAAGGAGGGAAAGCAGUACCCAAUUAUGAUUCAGUGGAAGAUGGUGAAAAGCUUGUGAAGACAGCCCUUGAGGCUUUUGGGAGGAUAGAUAUUGUUAUAAACAAUGCUGGGAUCCUAAGAGACCGUUCGUUUGUUCGGAUAAGCGAUGAAGACUGGGAUAUAAUUCAUAGAAUUCAUUUGAGGGGAUCAUUCCUGGUCACCCGAGCUGCAUGGACUCAUAUGAAAAAUCAGAAAUUUGGCAGAAUAAUUAUGACUUCUUCAGCUUCGGGAAUAUAUGGAAACUUUGGUCAGGCAAACUACAGUGCUGCAAAACUUGGCCUUUUGGGUCUUGCAAACACGAUUGCAAUUGAAGGUGGGAAGUAUAACAUCCACUGCAACACAAUUGCUCCUACUGCUGGUUCCAGAAUGACCCAGACUAUCAUGUCACCAGAUCUGAUCGAUGCUUUCAAACCAGAGUAUGUGUCUCCCUUGGUUGUUUGGCUUUGCCACGAGAGCUGUGCAGAGAAUGGCAGCCUGUUUGAGGUGGGAGCUGGAUGGAUAGGAAAAUUACGCUGGGAGCGAUCCUUGGGUGCUAUUGUCAGAAAGAAGAAUCAGCCAAUGACAGCCGAAGCAGUGAGAGAUAAAUGGGAGACGGUCUGCGACUUUGAUAAUGCCAGUAAACCCCAAACUAUCCAAGAGUCCAUAGCUCUAUUGAAUGAUGUUCUAACUCAGAUAGAGUCUCAAGGGAGCAUUUCUAUGAAUUCAACAAGCUCUGGAUCAGCAGUCUCUUCAUCUGUUGACACAGCAAGCGUUGUUGGCCGGGAGUUGUCUACCAAUGUGUAUACGUAUACUCACUUAGAGCCUAUUCUGUAUGCCCUUGGUGUGGGAAUGUCAACUAAGGAUCCGGAUCACCUAAAAUUUCUCUUUGAAGGAAGUGAAGAGUUCUGCUGUCUACCGACCUUUGGAGUAAUUCCUGCUCAGACAUCAAUAUUUCAUGAUGUUCCUUCUGUUCCAGGACUAAAUAUUGAUUUCACAAGGAUGCUGCAUGGUGAGCAAUAUCUGGAGCUGUAUAAACCAUUGCCAACCUCAGGACAAUUAACUUCAGUUGCAACCGUUGCUGAUAUUCUUGACAAAGGAUCAGGAGCAGUCUUGCUCGUAGAUGUGAAUACCUAUUGGGGAAAGGACCUAGUGUGUUAUAAUCAGUUCUCUUUGUUUUUUGUUGGAGCUGGAGGAUUUGGUGGAAAACGAUCAUCCGAAAAGGCAAAGGCAACAGCAAAUCCGCCCAAGAGACCCCCUGAUGCUAUAAUGUCUGAUGUCACAACAGCUGAUCAGGCUGCCUUGUAUCGGAUGAGUGGGGAUUGGAAUCCUUUACACAUUGAUCCAAGUUUUGCUUCUCUUGGAGGAUUUAAGAAGCCUAUACUUCAUGGACUAUGCACCUUUGGAUUUGCUGCUAGAAACGUGUUGAAGCAGUUUGCAAGUAACGAUGUGAACAGAUUCAAGGCAAUCAAGGUUCGCUUCGCAAAGCCAGUCUUUCCAGGGCAAACUUUGCAGACAGAAAUGUGGAAGGAAGGAAAUAGAAUCCAUUUUCAGACAAAGGUCCAAGAAACUGGAGAAAUUGCUAUUGCAGGAGGCUAUGUGGAUAUAGUACCAGGUUUGGAUAAGCCUUCUGUGCUGGAGCCUGUGAAGACUGCAGGGCUGCAGAGUGACCUUGUGUUUGAAGAAAUUGGUCGUCGUGUAAAAGAAAUAGGAGGUGAACUGGUAAAGAAAGUAAAUGCUGUAUUCCAGUGGGACAUCACCAAAGAUGGAAAAACAGCAAUGCAAUGGACAAUUGACUUAAAGAAUGGCUCUGGAGCAGUCUAUCAAGGACCUGCAAGAAAGCCUGCUGAUACCACAUUCACCCUCUCAGACGAGGAUUUCAUGGAUGUGGUACAACAAAAGACCAACCCACAAAAGGCAUUCUUCUCUGGUAAACUAAAAGUGAAGGGGAACAUCACGCUGAGCCAGAAGCUGGAAACAAUACUGAAAGAUUAUGCCAAGCUCUGAACUGCUUGAUCACCUACCACAGUAGUGAAGAACCCCAGAAGACAGAAACUUCAAUUAGUUCAGAAUCAAUGACUGAAAUAUUUGUAGGCUACUUAAUAUCAUCAUACUGAUUCAUUAUACUACUAGUAUACAAGCUGUUUUAAUUACAAUAGACAAUAUGAUAUGAAAUUAAUAUAACUGUUAAUAAUCCUUUUUUGUU